UCAGCCGGGCGGAUCCACCAUGGCGGAAGAGGAGGUGGGCAAGUUGCAGAAGCACCUGGCACUUCUUCGCCAGGAAUAUGUCAAGAUGCAACAAAAGCUGGCAGAAACAGAAAAGAAGUGCAGCCUGCUAGCUGCCCAGGCCAAUCAAGAGACAUCCAGCGACUCUUUCAUUACCCGGCUUCUGGCUAUUGUGGCUCAACUCUUUCGCCAAGAACAGUACAGUGAUAUAAACAUAAAGGUUGGAGAUCAAAGCAUCAAUGCACACAAAUUUGUAUUGGCUGCAAGAAGUGAGGUUUGGAGCCUGACCAACUUGGCAUCAACAAAAGAGUUAGACCUUUCAGAUUGUAACCCCGAGGUGACCAUGGCAAUGCUUCAUUGGAUUUACACAGAUGAGCUGGAUUUAAGGGAAGAUGAUGUAUUUUUAACAGAGCUGAUGAAACUUGCUAAUCGUUUCCAGCUUCAGCUCUUGCGAGAAAGGUGUGAAAAGGGAGUCAUGUCCUUGGUGAAUGUGAGAAACUGCAUCCGUUUCUAUCAGACAGCGGAAGAACUAAAUGCUAGUGCAUUGUUAAACUAUUGUGCUGAAAUUAUUGCAAGUCACUGGGAUGAUUUAAGAAAGGAAGACUUUAGCUCAAUGAGUGCUCAGCUGUUGUACAAAAUGAUUAAAUCGAAGACUCAAUUCCCAUUGCACAAAGCAAUUAAGUUGGAAAGAGAAGAUGUUGUUUUUUUGUAUCUAAUAGAAAUGGAUUCCCAGCUACCUGGGAAAUUAAAUGAACUGGAUCAAAAUGGAGACCUUGCUCUAGAUCUAGCUUUGUCUCGCAAACUGGAUAGCAUUGCCACUACCCUGGUUAAUAGCAGAGCAGAUGUUGACAUGGUGGAUAAGAAUGGCUUGAGCCUCUUACACAAAGCCAUCCAAAGAGAUGAUAGAUUUGCUGCCAACUUCCUUAUAAAAAAUGGUGCCCGUGUGAAUGCAGCCACUGUUGGAGAGCAGCAAACUCCACUACAUCUGGUAGCCUCUUGCACAGUAAAGGAUCGCUCGCCUGAGGUGAUGUCUGAUAUAGCACAAAUUGCUGAAGCACUUUUACACGAAGGAGCCAACCCUAACAUGCAGGACAGUAAAGGAAGGACACCUUUGCAUGCUGCAAUUCUUGCCAGAAAUGAGUAUGUCUUUAACCAGCUGCUUCAGUGCAAACAGUUAGAUUUAGAACUGAAGGAUCAUGAAGGAAGCACUGCUCUGUGGCUUGCUCUUCAGUAUAUCACAUUAUCUUCUGACCAGUCAGUCAAUCCGUUUGAUGACGUUCCGGUCGAGAAUGGAACCUCAUUUGAUGAGAAUAGCUUUGCAGCAAGACUUAUAAAACGAGGAAGUAACACAGAUGCACCCGACACUGUAACAGGAAAUUGCUUGUUACAAAGAGCUGCUGGAGCUGGGAAUGAAGCAGCUUCUCUUUUCUUGGCAACUCAUGGAGCAAAAGUCAAUCAUAAAAAUAAGUGGGGGGAAACACCUUUGCACACGGCAUGUCGACAUGGGCUGUCCAACCUCACGGCAGAGCUGUUGCUACAGGGGGCUAAUCCAAACAUUCAGACGCAGGAAGCAAUUCCAAUUUUUAAAGGAUCCGCUGCUUCUAAUCCAGCCAAUAGCACUUACCUUCAAGCACCUCUCCACAUGGCCAUAGCGUACAACCAUCCUGAUGUUGUCACUGUCAUAUUGGAGCAAAAAGCCAAUGCACUUCAUGCAACAAAUAACCUUCAAAUCAUUCCUGACUUCAGUCUGAAGGAUUCCAGAGAACAAACGGUGCUGGGUCUGGCAUUAUGGACAGGCAUGCACACAAUUGCAGCACAGCUCCUAGGAUCUGGGGCCUCAAUAAAUGACACUAUGUCUGAUGGGCAAACACUCUUGCACAUGGCAAUACAAAGACAAGACAGCAAAAGUGCACUUUUUCUGCUGGAGCACCAAGCAGACAUAAAUGUCAGAACUCGAGAAGGAGAGACAGCACUUCAACUGGCUAUUAAAAAUCAGCUUCCGUUAGUUGUGGAUGCUAUUUGCACACGAGGGGCAGACACAUCUGUUACUGAUGAUCAAGGGAAUCCCCCACUGUGGAUCGCACUAGAGAAUGAAUUAGAAGACAUUGCAUCAACUCUGGUAAGACAUGGAUGUGAUGCCACAUUUUGGGGGCCAGGGCCAAGUGGUUGUCUACAAACUCUCCUUCACAGAGCAAUUGAUGAGAACAAAGAACAGAUUGCCUGCUUCCUUAUCCGCAGUGGUUGUGAUGUAAAUAGCCCUAGAAAACCAGGACCUAAUGGAGAAGGAGAAGAGGAAGCCCGAGAUGGUCAGACACCUCUACACUUGGCGGCAUCUUGGGGUUUAGAGGAGGUUGUUCAGUGCCUUCUGGAAUUUGGUGCAAAUGUAAAUACGCAGGAUGCCGAGGGAAGAACACCAAUUCACGUUGCAAUCAGCAAUCAGCACCGGUUGAUUAUACAGUUAAUGAUCUCACACCCAGACAUUAGAUUGAAUGUACGUGACAGACAAGGGAUGACCCCAUUUGCAUGUGCCAUGACGUUCAAAAACAAUAAAGCUGCCGAAGCAAUCCUGAAACGAGAGCCUGGAGCAGCUGAGCAGGUGGACAAUAAGGGAAGGAACUUCCUGCACAUUGCAGUUCAGAAUUCAGAUAUUGAGAGUGUACUUUUCUUGAUCAGCGUCCAGGCCAAUGUUAAUUCAAGAGUUCAAGACGCUUCCAAGUUAACCCCUCUGCACCUGGCUGUGCAAGCUGGCUCAGAGAUUAUUGUCCGCAACUUGCUUCUUGCAGGUGCCAAGGUGAAUGAAUUGACCAAGCAUCGCCAGACUGCAUUGCACCUAGUAGCACAGCAAGACUUACCUGUUAUCUGCUCUGUGCUAUUGGAGAAUGGGGUGGACUUUGCUGCUACUGAUGAGAAUGGAAAUAAUGCUCUACAUCUAGCGGUAAUGCAUGGGCGCUUGAACAAUAUCCGUUGCCUUUUAACUGAAUGCACUGUGGAUGCAGAAGCUCAGAAUCUAAGAGGUCAGUCCCCAAUGCACAUAUUGGGACAGUAUGGAAAGGAAAAUGCAGCUGCCAUCUUUGAAUUAUUCUUGGAAUGUAUGCCUGAGUACCCACUAGAUAAACCAGACGCAGAAGGAAACACAGUACUUCUACUUGCCUACAUAAAAGGAAAUGCCAAUCUUUGCCGCUCCAUUGUGAAAGCUGGUGCCAGGCUUGGGGUAAACAACAACCAAGGGAUCAACAUAUUUAACUACCAAGUUGCUACGAAGCAGCUUCUCUUUAGACUUCUAGAUAUGCUAACUCAGGAGCCCCCUUGGUGUGAUGGUUCAAACUGUUAUGAGUGUACUGCCAAAUUUGGAGUUACCACUAGGAAGCACCACUGCCGACAUUGUGGACGUCUGCUCUGCUACAAGUGCUCAACCAAGGAAAUUCCUAUUAUAAAAUUUGAUCUAAACAAACCUGUUAGGGUUUGCAACAUUUGCUUUGAUGUGUUGACACUUGGGGGAGUCUCCUAGUAUCCUGGAAGAGAGGUUUUUGUUUGUGAAUGAUGGCAGCUCCAUUAGAAGUCUACCAAACAAACAGGGGAAGUUUUGCUGUGGUUCCACCAUGGACUGAAUUCUUAAAGGACCACAUUAUUAUAUAUUCCAAUAUAAUUUGUAUGAUUGAAUGUGUAUAGGCUUUGCUAAAUGCUAACUGGACUGGGCCUUUUUUUAGGGGAUACAUUUACGCCAGUUUUUGGGAAAUACAUAAUUUAUCAGACUUCCAAGGCCAGUCAAAAUACAAAAACAUUAAAUCGGUUCUUGCUUCUUGGUUUCGAAGAUCUCUUCAGUUUUCUUCCCAUUUGCAUUGUCUUAGAAUAAUGUCUACAUUAUCUGUAAAGUUGUGUAAUUAGUGUUCCCUAGCCGUGGGGAAAAAGUAAGUAAAAAAUACAUGGUUUUGUUUCUUAAAGGGUUCAGCUCUGAGUGAAGCCAAUAACAAUGUGGCCUUAAAAUAGCUUUACAAUGCACACAGUAAAGAGACCAUUGUAUUAUAAUUCUCAUUUUGAUAUACAGUUAACAUGUGUAAAAGCCUUUAUAUUAUCCCUGUUAAUUUUCAGAAACCGAAUUAUCAUCCGAUAAAAGGGUCUUUUUUGUGUGUGUUUUACAUCAUUUACUGACCUAACUCUUUACAUUUAUUUCCAUGAGCUAUUUAUCUUGUCUUACUUACCAUGAAACCUAAAUACUAUGUGUAAUACAUGUCAAUUUAUACCUGUGAAAUUGUAUAAACACUAAUGAGUCACAAAACAAAUUUGUCGAUCCUAAUAAUUUGCUAUACAAAUUAAAUAUUCAAGCUACA